UCUUAAACACUCACGUACACACACGUUCACACACACACAUACAGCAACUCUCCACAGGAAAAGCUGGAGACAGAAUGCGCAGCCCCUUCACAGCAGCUUUGGUGCGUCGUGGCGUCCAAAUGGGAUCUUGCUACACUUUGAUAGUUGGUUAAUUACUCAUAUGAUACCACACAGAUGUCUGGGGGGCUCUAGCCGAAUACUCGUCUCACUAACUCACUGACUGACUGACUGACGGGAUCCUGGGGAAGGCAGACAUUUAAGGAGCGCUGUGCUAAAUAACCGUAAUCAGGAUCUUAUCACCUCAUCUGGAAAUCAAAGAGCGAACUGCGUUCUGCAAUGGGCAUUACGACACUACAAUUGUUUUUGCUAAUGGCCGUCCUGGCCACUGGUGGAAUAUGUCAGAUAAAUGGAACAGAGGAAGCCCAGGACACUUUACUUCAAAUCUCUACUACCUCCAAAACCAAUGUGCAUAAGGAUCUCCAGCCCACCAGCAAAAAAUUCCUGCUGAAUAACAAUACCAGAGUUAAGAGGCCUCCACCCUGCAAGGAUCCCACUUCCAUCAAGCUUUAUUUUAAGUAUAUUAACACAAUUAUUUCCUGUGUCGUGUUUGUGGUGGGAAUAGUGGGUAACGUCACCUUGCUGAGGAUUAUUUACCAAAACAAGUGCAUGAGGAAUGGACCUAACGCCCUCAUUGCCAGCCUAGCUCUUGGAGACCUUAUCUACAUCACCAUAGACAUCCCUAUCAAUGUCUACAAGCUGCUUAUGACAAAAUGGCCAUUUGAUGACAGCUCAUUUGGACUCUUCCUGUGUAAACUGGUGCCAUUCCUCCAGAAAGCAUCUGUUGGGAUUACAGUACUCAAUCUCUGUGCUUUGAGUGUGAACAGGUACAGGGCUGUAGCCUCCUGGAGCAGAGUGCAGGGGGUCGGCAUUCCCCUCUUUACUGCCAUUGAGAUCUUCUCCAUCUGGGUCCUGUCUAUUACCUUGGCUGUACCAGAGGCAGUGGUCUUCAACAUGGUCACCUUCACCUACAAAAACCAAACCAUCCAUACUUGCAUGCUCAAGCCUGAAAGUAACAUCAUGACGUUCUACGUAAAUUUGAAAGACUGGUGGUUAUUUGGCUUUUACUUCUGCAUGCCUCUGGCCUGCACGGCUGUUUUCUACACCCUCAUGACAUGUGAAAUGCUCAACCGUAGAAACGGAAGCCUUCGAAUUGCCCUCAGUGAACACCUUAAACAGCGGCGUGAAGUGGCUAAAGCAGUCUUCUGUUUAGUGCUGAUCUUUGCUCUUUGCUGGUUCCCCCUGCAUCUCAGUAGACUGUUGAAGAAAAUGGUUUAUGUUCAAGAUGAUGAAAGACGUUGUGACCUAUUCAACUUCCUGUUGAUCAUGAAUUAUUUCGGCAUCAACUUGGCCACUGUGAACUCUUGCAUCAACCCCAUCAUCCUCUACUUUGUCAGCAAGAAGUUCAAGAAUUGCUUUAAGUCCUGCUUGUGCUGUUUGUGUUAUACCAAGAACCAGGUGUCCAGCUCAGGCCCCAUGAACGGCACUAGCAUUCAGUGCAAAAACCAAGAGCCUGGCAACCUCAAUACCGACAGAAGCCUUCGCAAAUACAGCGAUUGAGAGCUGCUACAUGCUUAAAACGCAUUAGAAAAACAGACAUCAUCAGUGUCAAACUUUGAGGUGGAAAACAUUGUAACCAUUCAUAUGAAACUAAAGGCCUUGUGCUCGGCACAGUAUCAGGCAGUUUUUAUAUAUAGCUUCAGACCAGACAAUGGACCAGAUAUAUUUAAAGUCUCCCGCAGACCUACAGUAGCUGUUCCCAGACAUUCAGAGUGUUGUUUUGCUGUGUGAGAAGUGGUGGGAGUGAAGACCAACAGCAACAGGAUGCAGCUGAACCUAACAGCUACAAAUUAACCCUCAUCGGGAGCUUGACAUGUUUUCCUUACGUAAAUACUGCACUAUGGACAUGCUCUGGAUGUGAAAGGAAGUUGCAGAAAGGACGAGUGAAGCGGUGAGGGUCAGUCUGUGUUUUCUGUGUUCCUUCCUAUGAGCUUUGCCAAAGAAACUCCCAGCAUGCCGCCUAGGAGGCAGCCUAUCCCUCAAAUUCAGUGUCCGGUUGUUAUUGUUAGCACACUGAAUGCAGUUAUGGAAGCUAGGUUGUAAAACAGGAACUUUCAGGUUGCCUCCUGCCUCAAAGUUUAUUUAGUUGUUAAGUGAAUCAUACUGUGUGCUGGACGUCACCUCUUGUUUAUUUAGUGGAGUAGGAAGAUAAUGAAGCCUUUGUGUUUGAAUGCCAAAUUAAGUUUCAUGUGUAUAUGCUUGAAAGGUGUUAGAUGAAUAUGUAAGCUCAGAAUUAAAUAUAAUAUGAAAAUAAAUAAAUAAAUAAAUAAAUAAAACAUGAACAUCAUACAGCACAUGCGAAAUACCAGCUGGAUUGUGUUCCAGCAAUGAGGAGGCAAAUGAAACUUUGACCUUGGUAGGAUUUAAGAGUAAUUUCUAGGAAUGAAUCCAACUGCAACAAAUGCUGGGUUAUAGUGUAAAAGAAAAAAGAAAAAAAAAUGAGCAUAAGGGCGCGGGAAAAGGGGCCUUUGUAUAAUCAAAACAAAAACGCCCAAGAGAUACAAACAUAUCUUUACUUUUUUAUGACACUGUGAAUUUUCUGUGAAGAGAACUCAUACAUGCUAUUAACCUUGUAUACAUUACUUUAAUAUUAUUAAUAUUUAAUGGCCUCAGUAUUUGUAUAUCAUCUGUAUUUUAAGUUGAAAUAUUUGUUUUCUUUUAUCUCGUUAUAGAAAAAAAAAAUACACUAUCAAUCAAAUGUUUGGGGUCAGUAAGUUUAUAUAUAUAUAUAUAUAUAUAUAUAUAUAUGUAUGUGUGUACUUUUAAUCAGCGAGGAUGCAAAAGCUAAGACAUUCGAGUUACAAAAUAUUUCAAUUUCACAUACAUAAAAUUGAAAUUUCUAUUCAUCAAACAAUCCUGACAAAAAUCAUAUCAAAGCACAAAAAGCAACACAACUGUUUUCAACAUUAAUAAUAAUAACAAUAAAUGUUUCUUGAGCAGCAAAUCAGCAUAUUAGAAUGAUUAUGAAGAAUCAUGUGACACUGACUGGAGAAAUGAUGCUGAAAAUUCAGCUUUGUCAUCACGGGAAUAAAUUACAUUUUUAAAAUAUAUUAAAAUGGAAAACAGUUAUUGCAAAUUGUAAUAAUAUUUCACAAUAUUACAGUUUUACUGUAUUUUGAUCAAAUAAUUGCAACCUUAGUGAGCAGAAGAGACCUCUUUCAAAGACAUUAUUAAAUCUUACCAACCCCAAACUUUUGAACAUUAUAGUGUAUAAGAAAUUUUAAGAAAUCUGUUUUCUUCUUGAUAUAAUUUGAAACUAAUAUGAAUGAAAUUGUACACAUUCUGACAGAGAUCUACAUGGGUCUUGUUAAUCUGACUAAUCUAAAUGUUGAGAAAAAUAUUUGUGCAUGACAGAAAAAAAAAAAAAAAGAAAAAAAAAAAAGGUCAUGUUUGUAGUGGAAUUUGAUGUCACGGAUUAUCCUUAUGUUACACAUGUACUGAACUUUACCACCACUGAGUGAGGAAUGUUGCACAGUUAUAUAUGAAUUUAAACUUAUUAUAGCACUAUAACAUCCGAACAUCUGUUUACCCUAUAUGCUAUGCAGUACAGUGAAUCAACUAUAGAUUAUUUUACAUAUCAUGACUGACUAGUUAAAACAUAACAUUUCUUCUCAUAGACUGUAAUAGCAUUGGUCCAAUUUUUAGAUUAGCUGCUAGUUAUUUUUAAGAGUAUUGGACCAGACUAUCGAUUCUACCACUUAAAGCAAUGUUGUCUUAUCCUCAGUCCAAAUGUAUUGAGGUUUCAGUGUUAAAAGAUAGGUGCCUUGUGACAGCUGUCUGUUUUUGGCCUGGGAAGAAGCUCCAGUAUGGGUGUGAUUUGCGAUGCACUUUGACCCACAAGGCUCUGGGUCAUCAGUGUCAACCCAGAGGAUGUAAACAGGGCAUACUAGAAGCCUUGAUGUAAACUGUGGAGCUUAAACCAUUAUGUGUCUGCGAUGUAAGUUACUGUUUAUAUCAGUCUGAUAUUUGUUUGAAAAAAUAAAUGUUUUUUUUUUUUUUUUUUUUUAUUGCUUGUGUGGGUUUUUGUAAGUAAAUAAAGAAUUAUAUAAUGAAGAUGA